AUGGGUCAGUUGCACCUUUUGUUGGCUACCUUCGUGCUCUUGAGUCCAGGCGGGGAUUGCAGCUACCGUCACCUACUGCCUCAUCUGAGCAGAGAACUUAACUUUGAGUUUGUUGUCCUGUUGGGAAACUCGGACCCAAUUUGGCAGAAGACUUUAUUUCAGUUACCAGUUCCCAUUAUCCAGAUUAAUGAAGAGUCCAAGGAAAACUACCAUUUGGGGUUUGAUCAAUCUAAAAACUUUCUAACCAUAGUUUUCGUUCAUGAAUCCUCGGAAAGAAUUUUAGAUCUUCUACACGUAAAUCUAGGCUUUCUUAAUACCUUGCCAGUGCUUAUGGUUUUGGAGAAAGAGAGUGUGCGAGUGUAUCCGCUUUUUGAAUGGUGUUGGCAUCAUCAACUGCUUAAUGUCGUUGCCGUAGGACGGGACUUUGAGAAAUCUCAGAUUAUCUACAGCUACUCACCAUUUCCCAUACUCCAGUUUAUUGAGCGUCGUUUGGAGAAUAGUACCCUAAUUUUCGAGUCACAUUUGGAGGAUCUUCAAGGUUAUUCAGUGCCUAUUGCCCUGGGUGGCUCUUCGCCGCGCCUUAUUGUCUAUCGUGGCUCGGAUGGGCAACUUAUCUUCUCGGGUCCAGUGGGAAAUUUGAUGAAGUGCUUCGAACAGCGUUACAAUUGUAAAAUGGUGCAACCGUAUCCUUUCAAUAAGACUUCAAUUCAGCCAGCUCGACAACUGAUUGGAGCUGUGCGAAAUGGCAGUGUGCAAUUCGCUUUGGCGGCGAUUUACCCAGAUUUUCCGUUUUCCGGGUACACCUACCCCAUCGAGCUAAUGAGCUGGUGCCUGAUGAUGCCAGUGCCCUCGGAGGUUCCUCACAGCCUGUUUUACUCUUUAGUAUUCGAUCCUUUAACAUUUUGGCUCACGAUCUUGGUAAUGGUGGUGAUCUCUCUAACCUUAUCCUUGGCCCUGCGUCUUCAUGGAUACAGAGCUAGUUUUACAGAACACUUUCUCCACGACAGCUGCCUAAGAGGAGUGCUGGCCCAGCCCUUCUACGAGGUCCUGCGAGCUCCAGCCCUGGUGCGAGGCAUAUACAUGGUCAUAUGUGUGCUGGGCAUUUUGAUCACCGCCUGGUACAACUCUUACUUUUCAACCUUUGUGACCAGUGCCCCAAGACAAGCGCCGUUCACCAGCUACGAGAGCAUCGAGCACUCCAAUGUCGAGGUGGUGAUUUGGAAACCUGAAUACGAGAAGCUUAUUCAAAUUUCCGAAAGCAUGAGAAAAUAUACGUCCAUAUUUAGGAUUAAAUCGGACUACCAAGAAUUUUUGCAGCUACGAGAUUCCUUUGACACCAGAUAUGGAUACAUGAUGCCCUUGGAGAAGUGGUCACUGAUCAAGGAGCAACAGAAGGUCUUCAGUUCACCUCUGUUUACCCUGCGGGAGGAUCUCUGUGUCUACCACACGAUUCCCAUUGUGUUUCCCAUUGCGGAUAACUCGAUUUUCAGGCAGCCCCUGGAGCGUCUCAUUCUGGAUGUCACAGCCACGGGUCUUCUAGCUCGUUGGCGGGACAUGGCCCUCACGGAAAUGGUCAAGGCUGGUCAGCUGCAACUUGUCGAUCGGAGUCAGCCAAAGGAAUUUCGGGCCAUGAAAGUGGAGGAUUUGGAGCAGGUGUGGAUAGCUGGGGGAUUCAUGCUAGGACUGGCCACUAUGGUGUUUAUAGGGGAGCUCCUUUGGUCAUGGCGAAAUAGGUUGCGAAGGAUAUUGACAGGAAUUUUGUGGUUCAGAAAUUUAACAACUUAA